AUACAGGCGCAUAUAUACAGGCGCAUCUGAUUUCACUACUUGCGGUAAUUAUUGGAAGAUAUCUUGUGUAUGUAAUUGUUAGGGUAGGGAAUUAAUUAUAUUUAAGAACGAGAAAACUAAGACGAUAAUGGUUUAAAUGAAAAGAUGAACUGUUCAAAAGGAAAUUGUAAGACGAAAUUAUAAAAAAAUCAUUUUGGAUAAAACAAAGAUGUUGUUAUACAGUGAGUUUUUCUAAUCUCGGAAAGGGAAUCAGAUCCAGCUGAAGAUCUUGCCAACGUUUUAUUCAGGCAAUGGAGAUGCUUUAGAUUUUAUUUGCAGUAGUGAAGUGGUAAUCUAUAAAGAUCCCAUUUUACUGCGAGAACGUUGAAAAAAGUAAACCACUAAUAUCCUAGUGCUGGCUUUUGUAACAAACUGAAAUAGAUAACUUCCCUUUAACAUUUCUUUAAACAGCUUUGAUAUCUAGUUGGACUUGAUAUUUUCAAUUGAUAUCCACUAUUGAUGCUUGAGAUUAAUCAGUACCAAAACAUUUCAAUAUUUUGAAUUUUAACUGGGCAUCGGAUUUAUUAUAAUACAAUUAACUGUAAAUUAGUCAAAUGCUUUAAACCUAUGCAAUCUGGAUAUACGUCAAAUGUGUCCCAAAUGACGAUUGACAGUUUAUUUGCCAUGGAAACUGAGCGAGAGGCUAAUCUCACUCAACUUCAGAGUACGACAUUGACACCUCCCGAUACGAUGGAUGCAUACGAAACAUUCUACUACAGAGCACAGUAUAUCACAGGACUGGUAUUUUAUCCAAUACUCUGUAUCCUAGGGAUGACGGGUAACAUAAUGAGUAUAAUAGUGAUGUCUCAAAAGCAAAUGAGGUCUUCUACAAACACAUAUCUAUUCGCAUUAGCAGUAUCGGAUCUAAUUAAACUUUUUGUGGACUUUUUAUACUUUAUGGUGAUACUUCUAAAUCAGAUUGACACGUCAACCGGAAAUAAAGCCUACGUUUUCUUAUAUCCUUACGCGCACUAUGUUUUUAACGCAUCUUUAUGCGUGUCAGCAUGGCUCAUUGUGUCUGUAGCUGUAGAGAGAUAUGUGUACGUUUGCCAUCCAACAAAAGUAAAAUUUUACUGUAAUAUUUACAAAGCAAGAACUAUCUCAUUUUCUGUUUUUAUCAUAAUGUCAGUUCUUGCAAUUCCAUAUGCCAUGAGAUAUAGAACAAUACAAAAAGUAAACAACGAAACCGGUGUGACAGAAUAUGACGUCAUCGUAUCACAACUGUGGCAAAAUCAACUAUUUACGGACAUUUAUACAUGGUUUCAAAAUCUUAUGCGUUCUAUCAUACCGUUAGUAAUUUUGAUCAUUUUGAACACUUGCAUUAUGUAUGGACUUCGUAGAUGUCGGGUUUUACGCUCAAAGACUCCAAAAAAGCAUCGAAUAACAACCAUGCUGAUCACGGUAAUUCUUGUAUUCCUUAUUUGCAUAACACCAGAUACAAUCAUGUCCACAUUCUUCGGACUAGGAUAUUCUGAGGAGAAUUAUUUGGCUCGAGGAAUAAGAGAAAUAACAGACCUUUUACUGCUUAUUAAUUCGGCGGCCAAUUUUGUUAUAUACUGUAUAUUCAAUACAAUAUUCUGGUGCCAGUUCCGUCGAUUAUUUUGCUACACAUGUAUUCGCCGAAAUCCUGGAAUUACUGACGAAAGAAAUCUUUCCUUACUAGACGUUGCAUCUCAUGUUCGAUCAGUGAAUAGACGACGAAGUGAUUUAUGAGAAAUGAUGCAUUUCUGGCAAAACAAAAUUAAUUCAGUGAUGGUAUUUCAGAAGUAUUGUGGCUCAAUAUAUUUAGAUGAUUGUUUGGAAUGAAACAAAGACAUUUUGUUUCGGUUUCGUCUUUCAAUAGGAUACAAACUGCUUUAUAUAUUGUUUCAAAAGGUACACUGAAUUAAUAAUAAGUCAAUGUAUAAAGAAAAUAAUGAAUAUCUUCUUUGAACUACCAGCUUAAAUGGCAGACUAUUCUUUUAUGUUGAAUUGUUAUGUUGUUGUUUAUUUGUUUGGUUUACAUCAUACUGACAUAAUUAUUGGUCAUAUGGCGACUUUCAACUUUUUUGGCGGUGGGUUAGACCCCGGGCAGGUGCCUCUCCGUGCAUUAUUCCAUCACGGGCGGGCCCCUGGGUAGAACCCCUGAAAGCCAGCUUGAUUGCUUCCUAACCAUAUUGUUAUGU